AUGUGGUUCGCCAUCGCUGAAGCUGACUUCACAGCCAACCGCAUUACCAGUGACAACCAAAAGUACAGCCAGACCCUAAAGGCUCUUCCACUCAGCAUCUCCAAGCAACUCUGGGAUGUAAUCAGCAACCCGCCAACUCAAGAUAAGUACCCAACCCUAAAAACGGCAAUAUUAAGCCGAUUCUCGGAUUCCAGACAAACACAACUGCACAAACUCCUUAGAGACAUGACACUCGGCGACAAACGACCCUCGCAACUCCUGCGGGAGAUGCGCGAGCUAGCAAAAGGCUCCAUGGAAGAUGAGGCGCUGCAUCAACUCUGGAAAGAGCGUCUCCCUGCCUGGGUACGUCCAUACCUCCUGGUCUCAACCAACCUAAACGAUCUCAACAGCCUGGCGGAAAUAGCGGACCGCCUCGUGCUCAACAUGGGCAGCAGCUCGGUCUACGCAGUACAACAGAGACCAUACAAACAGCGGGAUCUUUCAAAACUCGACCAGCAAAUCCUGAACUCAAGAUGA